CUGGGUAACGUCGGGGCGCUGAUGUAAACAGAAGCCGCUGGUGUCGAGGGGGGAGAGAGCGAUCACCAUCACUGUCACCACCACGACUGUAACUAUUACUGUUACUGGGUUGCCGCCAGCUUCUCAACCACCGGGGAGGUAUGGGGGAGCAAAUCAAACUCAACGUGACCUUUGGCGGCGACACACAAACUUUCCUUGUGUGUGACUCGCAGAAGACGACGUGGGCGGAUCUGGAAGCUAUGGUACAAGUUUCCUUUGAUCUCAACAAUAUGCAAAUGAAGUAUUUUGAUGAAGAUAAUGAAGAAGUAUCUGUUAAUAGUGCAGAGGAGUAUGAAGAAGUUUUGAAGAGUGCAGUUAAACAAGGAAAUCAGAUUCAAAUGAAUGUUUAUGAAGUAACGCAACUGAAGGAAAAAGUGGAAAGCCAGUGUGCAAAACGAACCUUUGAAAAUAAUGAAAAGAAAGAGUCUCAGAAUAAGAAGGCUAAGAAAAAAGAAAUGAAACAUUAUUCACAGUUGAUGAAAUGCAUUGGCCAAGGCAUGAAGGUCACAGAAGAAGCUAAAGGAAAGGUGCUGUCAAAAAAUGUAGAUCAAAGCAAGGAAAAUUGGCGAUUCCCUCCGGUUUGGUUCACACGUUACAUGGAAACAUUCAAAGAAAAGCUUGUGAAUGAAACAGUUGACCGAAUCUGUUGCGACUUCUUUGAGAAGGUGACCAUUCAACAGCAGGUGCAUGACCCAUUCAGUACCUCAGCUGUAUGUACUGUUCAGGUUCCAGAAACCUGCACUACACAGAUUGGUUACCAUGAUUGGCUAAUGGCUUGUAGCAAUUGCCUGACUCGAAUUAUUGGAAUACGCUAUCAGUGCAGCAUUUGCCCCACAUACACCAUUUGUGAGUCCUGUGAAGCUGGUAACUAUAGACAUGAUCCUAACCACCCUUUGCUGAAGCUAAGAAAACCUUCAACGUCUUUGCCUGAGCUUACACCGGCGCAAUUUAUUGGAAGUGCUAUGUCUGGUACAGCAGAACAAACAAGGCUGCAGAGACAAAUCGAUAAAACCUUUUGGAAAGCGGAAAAACAAAGACUACGUACUGAAAAGAGGCAACGCAAAGCAGAGUUUAAGGAGAUUAAAAAACAGUUAAAAUUGCAGAAGAAACAUUUGCAAUGGAAUGGUGUGCAUCUUGGUGAGCACUUGAAUCAGCCAACACAAGAACCUAAAAGAGUUCAGCGCGUUUCAGCAGUGCCUGUUAUUUUAACAUUAGGUGCUGAAUUUGUGGACGAGAACUUUCCAGAUGGUACUCUUCUUCAGCCAGGACUCAAAUUUAUCAAACACUGGAGAAUGAAGAACACAGGCAAUGCUAAUUGGACAUCUGCUACAAAACUUCAGUUCAUGUGGGGCAAUCUCAUCCUGGCUUCUCCUGCUAAAAAGGAAGUUUCUGUUCCAUUCCUACAACCAGGAGACAUUGGUGUUGUGUCAGUGGAAUUUGUUGCACCCACCUUUGAAGGCACUUAUACUUCACAUUGGCGCUUAACUCAUAAAGGCGAGCAAUUUGGGCCCAGAGUAUGGUGCAGCAUUAUUAUUGACUCGCCAUUGCACACUGAAGCUGUAGAUGGAAAUGAAACCUCCCUUUUUAGCUCUAUCAAGACUAGAUCUCCUGACCAUAGAAUUCAAGCUCCUUUGGCUGCGGGUAAUGAAGAGCAGCACGUUGCUCCUGAUCCUGAAGAAGUGGAAUGUGCAGGCACAGCAACUACACAAAAGCAGGCCUCCUUGAAUAUAGAAACUGAGAAACAACCAACUGUGCCUGAUCUUGAAGCAACAGAGUCAGCAAAAACAGCAGGCAUAGCAUUGGGCAAACUUCAGCGAAAAGACCAGAAUAGAGAUCUGUACACGAUGGUGCCAUCUAUAGACCUUCUGACUGCUCAGGACUUGCUUUCAUUUGAACUGUUGGAUAUAAAUAUUGUGCAAGAAAUGGAGCACGUACCAAACAACACCCCAGUUGACAUGACUCCAUGUAUGUCACCUUUGCCACAUGAUGGCCCACUGAUGGAGAGGCCAGGCUUAGGUCAGAUUGAAGAGGAAAGUGAAGCGAUUUUCAAGUCACGGUUUGAUGUGACAUUGAUGGAGAAGCCAACAGAUCAUCCUCAUUUAGAAGAAGGCGAGGAAGACAUCAGUGGAACUCAGUUUGUCUGUGAGACAGUUAUUCGUUCUCUAGCUUUAGAUGAGGCACCUGAUUUGCUGCCACGCCGCAGGGGUAAACCUGACAGCUCCUCCCAAGAUCUGCAAGAAACCUGUUGCUCUGUUGGCAUCAAAGAAGGAAAACCUGGUGGGAUCGUUCUGACCACAGAAGAACAGGUGUUGCCAGAGAAAGAUAAUGAGCUUGAACCUGAUGUGGCUGAUAGUUCCACUGUAGAUGUUGAAGAAGAGAAGUGUGACAUACAAAGCCAAGUGUCCUCAGAGUGUUCAGAGGAUUACAUAAUUAUCUUACCAGAGUGUUUUGAUACCAGUCGUCCUCUGAUAGAAUCUAGAUGCAGUUCUGCCGUUUCCCAACCUGAAGAAAUGGAGGAUGAAAUAGAAUUUGUAUCAGAUGCAGAGGUGAAUGAGAGUGCAAAUGGAGUUGAUGAAAACAAACUUCCGUUGCAAAACAUUAAUGACAUAUUGUGCACAUCUCAGACACUGGAUAUGGAGCCCCUUAAACCAGAGGUGCUGUCUGCACCUUUGCUCCACCAAAGGAAUGAUACCUCAACUCGAAAUUCAAAUGAAGUUCAGCCUGAUGUAUUGGUAAUGGCUGAUAUGGAGGAUACUGCAGUUACAACACCUGUCCAUCAAGAAAACAAUGUGUCUACACGUUUGGAGAUAAAGUUUGCAGAACCACCAAAGACCAUGAAAAAUAUACAGUGCCCUCAUUUAAGACACCACAGUGGGAUUGCUGGUGAGCUUGUGAAGGGAGCCCUGUCUGUAGCAGCCUCUGCUUAUAAGGCUCUUUUUUCAGGGGAUACCAGUGUGACUCAGGCUGAAGCAACAGAAAAUCAAACUGCAUCUAUGAUGGAUAUUCUUUUUGAAAUGGGAUUUUGUGACAGACAACUAAAUAUGAAACUGCUCAAAAAACAUAGCAACAAUCUUGUUGAAGUUGUCACUGAACUUCUCCACAUCAAUGAGAACGACUGGCAUGCUAAUCGGCAUUGAAUAUACACGUUUACAUGGAUUACAUCUUAGUUAACAUGAGCUGCCACAUUUUUUUGCACAAUAGCAGUAAUCAAGGAUAACACCCACACGACGAUAUCAAUAUUCUAAGAGUUCAUUUUCAGUGAUGUGCUCCAUUGCAUUAACGUGGAGUUCAUUUAUUAUUGAGAAAAGUAAUGUGCUUGCUUUCUCUAUUCCAUAUUAAUCCACAACUCACGACUUAGUGGGGGUUUUUAUAAAGUUAAAGCCAGAAGAAAAGCAGCUCAAGAUGUUUGUGAGUCUUUGAGUCUGUUUAAUUAUUUUUUUGGGAAAAUUGGUCCAUGUUGUUGGUCCUCAUUACACUAAACUCAGAAAAUAGUACAUUAAACACCUCUUUGCAUUGCAACAUAAUGUAUAUAUUUGGUUUUGGAAAAGCAAUAUAACAUGCAGGGUAUGAUUCCACAUACAGUUAAACACUACAGUAAAUCUGUAUCAAUGCAAUGUGUGUAUUAGGGACACGUUCUCACGAACAUGUUUUUUUAAAAGUGAUUCUUCCAGGGCAGAACAUUCUAUGAGCUAAUAGUAUCAUUUGGAUAGAUACAAUUGAAACUUUGUUUCAGAUUACCCAUUUUGAAGAAGCAGUGUGAAACUACUUCUGCAGUUUGAUCAUCUUUAAAUUUGCUGUAUAACUCAAAUAUUCAGUGUAGCUGAAACAUGCAUUAACAAUAAUAGCAUUUGACAUAGCCCUUAUUCAUUUACUAAACAAGUCUGCUGUUAUUAGAGAUAUUAUUUUGGGCUGUGGAAAAUAGAAUGUGUGCGUUGUGCAUGGAUAAAUUCUUGUGCUUGAUAAUUUCUUAAGCAGCCACAAUAUGCUUAACACAAAAUUCGAAGUGUCAUAAUCAGACUGUUAAAAAGCGUUAGUGUGAUGGAAGUAGGAAAAGCUUAAUUUGAAAAAAGAAUUCUUCUGGAAGUGGGUAAAAAAAAUUACAUUUUCUUAAUCUUUUAUUUAUGUUUUCUUCAACUGGUUUAUUAUAUGGAAGUUAUGCAUUUUGGAAUAAUCAUUGUAGCUUUAGUUGGCUAUAAUCAAUAUAUGCUUCUGAGGUCUGGUGUCCUCAGUAGAUUCGUCUCGGCUAUAUUGCAAAACUGACAUUUAAUAUUCUAAUGAUCUAGCCAUGUUUUGUGUCCAGUCUUUAGUAGCAACAUAUGGUAAUGUUUGGUUUGAAAUCACUCUGUAGGGCUUUGAAAUAAUGUAACUCUCUUAAAGGUAUUUUUUCUGUUUAAGGACUGGAGUAUAUUAAGGAUUUUGUAUUGAUCCAAUUGCAGAUAAUUACAAAUUUGGAGGAACCAGCCUUUGCAUGUAUUACAAUCCAUGCAAUGAUAUUAUAUUCUCCAUCCAAGUAGGCCAGCUAUUCUUUUUUUCAGUCUGGAAAUGUGGUACUAAUUUGUGAUACUUGUUAGUUAAAUAUUCUGAUAAAACUUUGAUAUAUAGUUGGGAUUUGAAGAAUUCUGCUAAUAUUGAGAUUCCGUGAGCUGUUUGCUCAUUCUAGCAGUUUCACAGUUUGGUACUUUUGAAGAAUUUAAUGUGUAUAUAAUCAUUAACGUCUACACACUUUUAUCCAAAGGUGAAAGCACAUGGUGGGAUGUGCAUGCCAACUGUUCUAUUACUCAAGAGGAAAGCCUCUAAUAACGCCAGAAUCUUUAGAUCUGACUUUCUCUCUCUCUCCCUUUUAUCCCUCACCUAUGAAGAAUAAAACUUUCUUCAAGUGGUUGGUUCCUGUGACUGAAUUGGUAAGCAGUGAUUUAGACAUUUUUGAUGAGGACAUCUGUAGUUGGAUUCAUUAAUAGUUGAAAAAAACGAUCAAAAUGAGUUUUGGAUGAUCUUUGAGUUUCCAUAGUUUGGAACUAGUAUAAAUGUAGUUAAUUGGUUACCAAUUAGUUUUCCAAGGAAUCCUGAUCUUUGAGUAACACAAAAGUAAAUAUUGGAUACGCUAAAGGAAACAAAUGCUUAACAUAAUGUCAAUAUGGACAGCCAGUAUUCUUGGUAAAAGAACAUUUUAGGCAAGAAGCAACUUGCUCCUUUUUUAUAAACUUCCAUAUCCCGUCAUUAGUGAUUAAAAGAAAAGAAGUGCUGGUAAACCCAUUUUUGAACUCUGUUUAAUGUUCAUCUUUUUUUAAAAAAGUGAGCAUUUUAAAAUCUGUUUUAUAAUAAUAGCAUCAUAUUUAAGUUUAUGAUAUAGAAGUCCAGAUUCUCAAGAUUUGCUCAAUACCUUUAGCAUCAAGUUUAGCUUCAUUGCUGCCAAGAUGAAAUCAGCGUUGAAGUAAGCAUUAAAAGCAAUAAGCAGAUAAGAUAAAUAAGAUCGGGUUUGAUUUCUGUAAUUGCCAUUUCUAAGAUUCUGAUAUGGAGGCUACAACAAUAUUUACAGUUUUGGUGGCUAUUUUGCAGUAGUUACAAAUGUCUUUUAAUACUUAAAAAUGUGUUCAUUGUAAGAAUUUCCACACUAGUUGCUAUUGAAGUUGUCCAUUCAGCAAGUUGCAGUGCUAUAGUACACAAUAUGUUGGAUAGUUAAGGUGGACCUCCUGGACUUCUGUUAUAAUUAGCAUUCUACAAUUUUACUCUAAGCUGCAAACUUUUAAAGGUCAUGAGUACUAUGCUGUACUGAAUUGUGUGUUGCUGUUUCUUUCAGAUAAUUGUGUGGUCCUAGUCUAGAAUUCUUGAAAUUGAUAUAUUGUACUCUAUAGAAUGCAAGAAAAAGUUACUGUUUCCCCGUAAACUUGCGCCAUGACAUAAUUUGCAAAUUUGCAUCAGUUAUAAAAAAAAAAGUUCAAAAUAUACAUCCAAUGACUAUGUACCUUUUUGAAGUGACACAAUUAUCAGUUUACCUUAAAAAUCAAGUAUUCAAACUAAUAUCAAAAUGCUAGUAUUUUUAGAGGAUCUAAAACUAAAAGAUCUAUUGGUAGAUCUGUUACUGUGUAGGAAUUCCCUGGUCAACAGGUUUUAUACUAACAAGUGAUUUACAUGUUUACACAGCUCGUCUUCACAGUAUGGGCUGAAUGAAGGGUGCGCACUUGCAUUAUUCAGUUGACGGGUUCUUCCUUGGUACCGUUCCACCUUAGAAUUAAUGGCUGGUGAUAUUACAUUUUGAAAUAAGAAUUGGAGCAAAAAUCCUUUAAUAAAAUAAACUGGAGAUAAAAGUAUACUUCCAUGUUUCAAGGAUAUAAUGGAUAUUACAUACAUAGGAGCCAUUGAGCUUUAAUUUAUACAGUUCAUUCAUAUUCUGCAUCCAUUCAUCCUUGCACAUAAUUUAUCACAACGUUUGCAGUUUAUUAAGAUAAAAAUUAAUGCUUUAGUAACUUCUGAUGGCUUCAUUUGCACAUUAUCUACAUUUGCAUGUAAUUGUCUUAAAUCAGUUUUAGAGUAUCAACUUGCAUAUAUUGCUCAACCUUCUUCACAGAUCUGUAUUUUUCUGUCCUUUUAAAAUGUGAUGUAAAUGAAUUUUGAAUCCCAGAUAAAUGAAUCAAUAAAAGUAUUGUUUAAGUACAA